UUAUUCAUUCAGACACCAGACAUUCAUUCAUUCAGAGUUUCACACACAGAAAACGAGUCACCGAUUCACCGAUUCAACACAGCAAUGGGGAAAGAUACAGCCACCGAUCAAACCUCCGCCAUGAAAGAAGCCUUUACACUCUUCGACACCGACGGCGACGGCAAGAUCGCCCCAUCGGAGCUCGGAAUCCUCAUGCGUUCACUCGGCGGAAACCCUACGCAAGCGCAGUUGAAAUCCAUCAUCUCCGAAGAAAAACUCACAUCUCCGUUUGACUUUAAACGUUUCACUGAGCUCAUGAACAAGCACCUGAAACCGGAGCCCUUUGAUCGACAGCUUCGUGACGCCUUCAAGGUUAUUGAUAAGGACGGAACCGGAUACGUCGUCGUUGCGGAUCUUAAACAUAUUUUGACGAGUAUUGGGGAGAAGCUUGAGCCUGCGGAGUUUGAUGAGUGGAUCCGAGAGAUUGAUGUUGGAUCCGAUGGGAAGAUUAAGUAUGAGGAGUUUAUUGCCAGAAUGGUUGCCAAAUGAUUUGUUGGAGGUGCAGAUGGGCUGCCGGCCUGGGUCCCACUUCUUCUGCUUCUUUAGUUGCAAUGUUUUCUUGUGGCAUUUUUUUUUUCACUCCAGAAUUGGAGUAUUCUGCUUGCUAGUUUUUGAUAAAUUGUACUUAAGGUUCGCUCAAGAAACCUGAAGUUCCUGUGCUUUGUUUUUUUCGCCUUUCAAAAAGGCUGCUUGUGAAUAGGUUUAUUUCAAACGUUGUAGUGUAAAACAUUUGGUUUCUGUCAAUUGAUUUCCUUUUAAUCAAUUUAA